AUGCCGGCCGGUACCAAAUCUAAAUUCUCGCACCUCCCGUUGAGCACGAGCGGUCCGAUAGAAUGCGCUGUGUCAGGAACGGUCUUAUUGAACACACCAUACUUCAACCGUGGCUCAGCACACUCAUCUGAAGAGAGGCGCGAGUUCAAUCUCACCGGCUUGUUACCUACAGGCAUUCAAACUCUCGAACAACAAACGGAGCGCGCAUACCAACAGUACGCUUCUAGACAAGAUGACUUGGCCAAGAACACGUUCUUGACAUCAUUAAAGGAGCAGAACUCGGUCUUGUAUUUCAAGCUUAUACAAGACCACUUGAAGGAAAUGUUCAGUAUUGUAUACACACCAACAGAAGGUGAUGCAAUUCAGAACUUCUCCCGCUUAUUCCGACGACCCGAGGGCUGUUUUCUGAAUAUCAAUGAUAUUGACAGGGUUUCACAUGACUUGGCCCAAUGGGGAAAACCUGAAGAUAUCGACUACAUUGUUGUCACAGAUGGCGAGGAGAUCCUUGGCAUAGGAGACCAAGGCGUAGGCGGGAUUCUUAUCUCGGUUGCGAAGCUUGCUCUCACUACUCUCUGCGCUGGCAUUCACCCCAACCGGACCUUGCCCGUCGUGCUGGACUGUGGAACAGAUAAUGAGAGCCUUCUCAAUGAUGAUUUAUACCUCGGCCUACGGCAGAAGCGGGAACGAGGGGAGAAGUACGAUAAGCUCGUUGACGAAUUUGUUCAAUCCGCUCGCAAACUGUUUCCUCAUGCUUAUAUCCACUUUGAAGACUUUGGGUUAGCGAAUGCUCGUCGUAUUUUAGACCAUUAUAGACCGGAAAUCCCUUGCUUCAACGAUGAUGUCCAAGGCACCGGGUGUGUGACCCUGGCUGCCAUCAUGGCCGGACUGCAUGUCAGCAAGCAAAAACUCCAGGAUACUAAAAUGGUCAUCUUUGGCGCAGGAACUGCUGGCGUGGGUAUUGCUGAUCAAGUCCGAGAUGCCAUUGCUACCGAGAAGGGGAUCAGCAAGGAGGAGGCUGCGAAGCAAAUCUGGCUGAUUGACAAGCCCGGCCUCCUGACUACCAAAACCGAGCUCGACCACGGUCAACGGGCCUACGCCAAAGACGCAUCCAAAUGGGAUGGCAAGGAAAGCUCCCUCGUAUCCGUCAUCAAAGAAAUCCACCCCAACGUGCUCAUCGGGACAUCCACGGUCCCCAAGUCCUUCACCGAAGAAAUCAUCAAAGAAAUGGCUAAAGGAACCGAACGCCCCGUCAUCCUCCCCUUAUCCAACCCCACCAGACUCCACGAAGCCGUCCCCGCGGACAUCCUCAAAUGGACCGACGGCAAGGCCCUAGUAGCCACGGGCUCGCCGUUCGACCCCGUGAAAGGCCCCUGGGGCAAGGACGGCGCCGACGUCGAAAUCGAAGUCGCAGAGUGCAACAACUCGGUCGUGUUCCCCGGCAUCGGCCUCGGCGCCGUGCUCUCCCGCGCGUCCAAGGUCACGGACAAAAUGCUCGUCGCGGCCGUCCACGGCGUCGCGGAUCUGAGUCCCGCGCUAAAGGAUGAUACUGCGCCCUUGUUACCGGGGGUCGAGGACGUACGCGCGGUGAGCGUGCGCGUUGCGAGGGAGGUUAUUCUUGCGGCGGUGGAGGAUGGCGUUGUGGGGGAGAAGGACAUACCGACGGAUAAGGAGGAGCUGGACGAGUGGAUCAAGGAGCAGAUGUGGGAUCCGGUGUAUCGCCCGCUAAAGCGCGUCGAGCCGCAAGGCGCUAGUAGGGCGGCGAAGGCGGAGUUGAAGGUUGUGGGGAGUUUGGAGAAGGUUGGGGAUAGGAUUGCUAGGGAGUGA